GAGGCUGGUGGGACUGCGAUGGCCUCUGGUUGGGUGAGUGGAUGAGAAUCUGUCUAUUGAACACACCAAUAGACGAAUAUCCAGUCGAUUCCAGCCCAGCCAACGUAAUAAGGGUCGGGUGGGUGAUGUGAGAGAGGGAAGUGCCCGGGAGAAGGACAGAGAAAGUGAGCGAGUGGAGAGAGCGUUCGGGAGCGAGAGAAGACGUGAGAGAGGGGGGGGGGGGGAGAAUGGAGGGGAAGAGAUGGAGGGGCAGCCCGUCGACCCGUCCGUCACCCGUGGGCCGUCCAGUUGGUGUUGGGCUGAGAUGGGAAAGUGCAAUGCUGCGUAGCGGGCAGGACCACACAGCGCUGUUGCCAAAGCAGAAACAGCAGAAUCAGGGCAGGGCGGCAGGUGGGCUGGUAAUAAUGUCCAUGCCUUCCUACCUUCCUACAUAUCCUAGCCUACCUCUCCUCUACGGUCUCCCCUACUGUGGUAGUCCGCUUCUUCGGACCUCGAUGAUCAUUCUGAGGCAUCCCCCUGAGCCUUUCCCUUCCAUGCUGACCAGGGCGCAAAACAUUGAUGGAUGGGACGGGAUCGGCCAGACCUCGUUUUCUGGGUCCGGUCUUGUCAGUGCCCGCCGCCCAGGCCACGACUUGCAAAGACUCCAGACGGUCAGGCCAAGGUCAGCGGACGCAAAAGGAACUGCUAUUGCAGUACUAAUGUGCAGCGAGCCACGGAUUGUCGAAGGGUGUCCCAUGUCACCAUCACAUUCUGACCCUCGACCGCCCACGCUGCUACUACUAUGUAUAUCCAUCCAGUCUCCAAAGCGUUUGGACACGACCAGGGCACAAAAGAAGGCAGGUACCUAUAUCUAACCCAAAUGGAGGCGCCCUUUUCUCAUCUUUUGAUAGCAGCCUACCUUACCUAUACUUCUUGACAGUCUGCGACCCGAACUGCCAUAUGCUCGCUCCUGGCCUAUCUGCUUUCGAAAGCUUACCGUGGGGCUAG